AUGAGAGAUCGAAGUGAGCUUCCUACUCCUCGGACAGAAGGUGAAAUCUUGUCAUCUUCUAAUUUGAAGGCAUUCACGUUCAAUGAUCUGAAAAAUGCAACCAAGAACUUCCGACCGGACAGUCUUCUUGGGGAAGGAGGGUUUGGGCAUGUCUACAAAGGUUGGAUUGAUGAACACACGCUUGCUCCUUCAAGACCAGGGAGUGGUAUGGUAGUUGCUGUGAAGAAGCUUAAACCAGAAGGAGGUGCUGAUCCUUUGUCAUGGGCAAUAAGGCUCAAAGUUGCUAUUGGAGCCGCUAGGGGCUUGUCAUUUUUACAUGAUGCUGAAAACCAAGUCAUAUAUCGCGAUUUCAAGGCAUCAAAUAUUCUGCUCGAUUCAGAAUUCAACGCAAAACUUUCAGAUUUUGGCUUGGCAAAAGCCGGUCCAACUGGGGAUAAAACCCAUGUGUCCACACAAGUCAUGGGUACUCAUGGAUAUGCAGCUCCAGAGUACAUUGCAACAGGCCGCCUCUCUGCAAAGGCAGAUGUCUAUAGCUUUGGGGUGGUGUUGCUUGAAUUGCUCACUGGAAGAAGGGCCCUGGAUAAAUCAAAGCCAGGCUUUGAGCAGAACCUAGUUGACUGGGCCAGACCUCACUUGGGCGACAAGCGCAGACUAUACCGUAUCAUGGACACAAAGCUGGGAGGACAGUAUCCAAAAAAAGGCGCAAAUGCCAUUGCAAGCAUUGCCUUGCAAUGCAUUUGCGGUGACGCCAAGCUGCGGCCUCCUAUGUCGCAGGUGUUGGAAGAGCUGGAACAGCUACAAGAUGCCAAAUAUGGUUCACCAUCACCAUUAGUCGACAUACGGAAAGCUUCACACGCCGCCCCAAAAUCACCAAUGAGCACCACCCCAAAAUCGCCAAUGAGAGUUCAACCUUCACCACGGCGCUCGCUUGGAACAGCAGCAGCAGCAGCAGCAUCCCCAUUGGCAGGAUAUCGCACUGCGCAAGUGCACUAG